CUUUCCCCUCCCUAGUCAGAAUCAGAGUGAGACUCCAGUACUCCCCACUCUCUAUAUAGUGAGUGUAAAGAGUAUUUUAUCUUAGCCUCCAUAAGGGUACACAACUAGAAGAACACCCAUGCUAGGAGGCACCUACAUGGGGUUGCUGGCUACAGCAGCCCUCCUCUCUCUGCUACAGGACGGGACUUACGGCAGUGUUGAGGGUGACAGAUCAUCAGUUACAAUGAGAGAUGCAGGGACCUGCACUGUCCACAGCAACUUCCACUACAGCACCUUUGACUGGGCCAACUUCCGCUUCGUUGUCCCCUGUACCUACGUCCUGGCCAGGCUGUGCUCGUCCUCUGAGACCCCCCUGUCUCACUUCAGUGUGGAGGUGAAGAAUGAGCGGCGAGGGAACUCCUCUGUAUCUCCUGUUCUGCAGGUCAAUGUGGAGGUGGAGAACCUCAGGGUCUCCCUGCACAAGAGACAGAACCACCGGGUCAUGGUCAACGGCAUUUGGAAGAACCUCCCCCUGAGCCUCAACGGUGGCACCAUCAACAUCCGAGGCAAUGCGGCUUCCGUCGUCCUGGAGACUAACUUCAACCUUUUUGUAUCCUAUGAUGACUCCUGUGCCGUCCAUAUCACCGUCCCCGCCUCGUAUUCCGGUAAAGUCUGCGGCAUGUGCGGGAACUUCAACCACCUGAGAGACGAUGAUUACCACACGGCUGACAGUUCUGAGGCUUCAACCGCUGCCACGUUCGGCCAGAGCUGGCAGAGCCAGAAGGUCUGUCAGUCAACCGUUGUCCCCAAUGAGUGUCCCCCUAUGGAGGAGGCAGAGUACGCUAGCGAGCCCUACUGUGGGUCCCUGGUCUCCAGGCACGGGCCCUUCGCAGAAUGCCAGUCUGUCCUGGGAGCCGAGAGCUACUUCCGGAGCUGUGUGGCGGGGAUGUGUGGAGCAGGUGGUGGCCUGGAGGUGCUGUGUGAGGCCCUGCAGUCCUAUGCUGAUAUGUGCCUCAAGGCCGGGGGGCCUGUACCUGCCUGGAGGAACUCGACUAUGUGUCCCCUGGAGUGUGGAGUGAACAGCCAUUACAACGCCUGUGCCGAGGGCUGCCCUGAGGCCUGCUCCGUCAUGGACGCCCAAGGGGCGUAUGGAAGCUGUGAGGAAAGGUGUGAGUGCAACCCCGGCUUCAAGCUCAGUGGGGGGACAUGUGUCUCUGCAGAGGACUGUGGCUGCUGGAUGAAUGGAGUGCACUAUGAGAAAGGAGCGACGUUCAUGGACGGUGAAUGUGAUCGUGUGUGCCAGUGUAUGGGCGGGGGCGGACUCCAGUGUUCUGCUUCCUCCUGCGCAGACGACGAGGUGUGCAAGGUCAAAGAGGGGGUCAAGGGUUGCUUCCCCUCCAGCCCGGCCAUCUGCCGCGUCUACGGAGACCCCCACUACAUCACCUUUGACGGCAAGGCAUACACCUUCCAGGGGGGCUGCAGCUACAUCCUGGCCAAGACGUGCGGCGGACACACACCCAUCCAGUUCUCAGUGACGGGCCAGAACUGGAACCCGGGGAGCGAGAGCAGUGCUAAGCUGGCCGCAGUGGUUCUGGAGACCAAGGGUCUGCAUUUGAAAAUAGAUAACUACAAUGUUACAGUGAACCAUGUUUGGCAGAGUCUUCCUAUUGCAGUAAACGGCUCAUACGGCGAGGUGAAGCUGUACAAGAAGAAGCAGUACACUGUCAUGGAGACAACCUUUGGCCUCCAGAUGCUGCUGGACGAUCAUCACAGGCUCUUCCUGCAGCUGGACGAGCGCUACAAGGGUGAGAUGUGCGGCCUCUGUGGUACCUACUCCAACGACCAGGGGGAUGACUUCCUGACCCCAAACGGCACCAAACCCGAGACCGAUGAGGUCACGUUCGCCAACAGCUGGAGAGUGAAGAGUCCGGAGGACGAUCGCUGUGUUGCUUCCCCACCUGCCCCCCAACCAUGUGACUCCCAUUUGGACAACCAGGGCUACCAGGAGUGUUCCAAGCUGCUGCGUGACACUUUCAAGCCCUGCCACCCAUUUGUCCACCCCACAUCCUACAUAGACAGCUGUAUGUCUGACCACUGUGCCUCCGGCGGGGACAUGCAUGUGACAUGCUACUCCCUGAAGUCCUACGUGACCGCCUGUCAGGUGGCCAGUGUUACCUUGCCCCCCUGGUUUAAUGACACCGCCUGUGAUAGCCUACCUGGCCCUCCCACAAAACCACCAGUUACUACACCUGACAAUACAUUUUGUCCUCUAGACUGCAACUUUGACAACAGCGAGUGUGGGUGGGAGCAAAUUGUUCAGGACAGUUUUGAUUGGAGAAGACAGAGAGGCCCAACCCCGUCUGACCUCACAGGGCCAACCCAGGACCAUACCACAGGAGGUGGCUCCUACAUGUACAUUGAGGGCAAUGGUGUGUACUACGGAGACUCUGCCCGUAUGAUAAGCCCUAAGUGCCAAAAAGGGGCGACAAAAUACUGCCUGCGCUUCUGGUACCACAUGUACGGACAGGCCAAGGCCAUGAUUCUCAAUGUCUACCAGCUUGACGAGCACAACAAACACAGGAAACUGUGGUCCAAAGCCAAUAACCAGGGCUCCACAUGGUAUCUUGCAAAAGUGGAUAUCAAUAUCGAUGGGUCAUUCCAGAUCAUCAUGGAGGGAAUCCGAGGCUCUGACCCUCAGUCUGACGUGGCAUUUGACGACAUCUCCAUCCAUUAUGGAUCAUGUUCAGGUUCCUCAACAGGUGUUGUUGGUGGACCUUCAGUUCCUCCCCCAGUUAAAGAAGCAUCAUUUGUCCCACACCCAGUCUGCAACUUCGAUUGCACUUUCGAGGAGGACCUCUGCAGUUUUACCCAGCUGAUGACCGAUUCUUUUGAUUGGACAAGGCACAGUGGCUCCACCCCCACUGCGAUGACUGGGCCAUCAGCUGACCACACUAAAGGAGAUGACGGUCACUACUUGUACAUCGAAGCCAGCAAUGUGUCUAACGGAGACACGGCUCGCCUCCUCAGCUCUGAGUGUUCGGACCCCGGUCUUCAGUGUCUGCAGUUCUGGUACCACAUGUCCGGUUCAGCGGAAACUAUGGGCCUGCACGUCUACAUACUCCAGGACCGCAGCGCCGACAGGGUAUGGUGGAAGAGGAACAACCAGGGAGACUGCUGGCAACUAGCCCAGGUGGAUCUCAGGACCACUGGACCUUUCCAGAUCAUCUUAGAGGGCCGAAGAGGCACCACUGAUCAAUCUGAUGUGGCUAUAGAUGAUGUUUCUCUGCAUCAUGGACACUGUGAAGAUCUGAUUAAGCCAACAACACCAACCGAGAAUCCUGUGCCAGCAGACAAGUCUACCAUUGCACCAACACCAGCUCCAAUUACCAUGAGACCAGUAACACUAAGACCAACAACUGCUGCACCAGCUCCAACCAGCUCAACCAUGCCAUCUAAACCCUCAACAACUGCUAGGCCACAACCACCAACAACUAUGAGACCAGAAACACCAGCACCACCCACAACUGAAAUACCAAGUCCACCAAGACCGACAACUGAAAGACCACAACCCCCAAGACCGACAACUGAAAGACCACAACCCCCAAGACCAACAACUGAAAGACCACAACCCCCAAGACCAACAACUGCAAGACCACAACCGCCCACCACAGCGAGACCAACACCAUCGUGCCCAAACAACAGCCACUUCGCCCCCUGCAUCUCCGACUGCCAGCCCACCUGUGUGCACCUCCACGGCCCACCCGACUGCCACUCUGAUGAGCACUGCGUACAGGGCUGUGUGUGUGACGACGGCUUUGUGCUCAGACAGAGGGUGUGUGUGCCCACCCAGCAGUGCGGCUGUGUGGACAGCAAUGGCAACAGCCAUCACUUUAAAGAGAGCUGGUACACUGAGCACUGCCAUCAGAAGUGUGCAUGUGUUGAAGAUGAUGGUGUGGGGGAGAUUGACUGCAAUAAUGAAUAUGAGUGUGAUGGGGGUGCCAUCUGUCUUCAGAAUGAAGCCGGACUGUAUUUCUGCAAGUCAACAGGCUUCAGCGAGUGCUCUAUCAAUGGAGACUCAGAGUACAGAACCUUUAACAACAAGAAGCAUGACUUUGAGGGCACAAACUCUCAUGUUCUGGUCCAGACCACAGACCUGUCCAAGAACCAGCCAGACAUCUACAUCAAGACCAUCAAUGAGAUCAUCAACCAGGAUGGUGAUGACAGUCAUGGUGACAGUAGCCAAGGUGACAGUAGCCAAGGUGACAGUAGCCAAGGUGACAGUAGCCAAGGUGACAGUAGUAAUGUUGACAGCAGUGAUGAGGAUGACAAGCAUAAAGACAGCAUGAGAAGGGAGAACAGUGAAGACAAGCAUGAUCACAGCGAUGAGGACAGUGAUGAAGAUAAAAGUGAGAACAACAACCGUCUGCGACUCGGAGGGCUGAAAAUCAGAGUCUACAACCACAUAGUGGAGUUCAGGAAGAACAGGAAACUUGUUCUGGAUGGUAGGAGCACGCAUGCCCCUGUCUCCCCAGCAAGGGGUCUGAGGAUUCUGGAGAGCUCUUCUCGUAUCUACCUGAAGACAGACUUUGGCCUCUCUGUGGAGUUUGAUGGACACAGCAGAGCAGUAAUCAUCCUGCCCCACACCUACAAGAGGAGAUUGGGAGGCCUGUGUGGCAACUUUGACGGCAAGAAGAAGAAUUACAUGAUGAAGCUGAACGGUAAAACAGGCCAAGAUCGUCAAAUAAAUUGGAGAGAGCUGAAGAGUGACGGAGGACGGACUGAGCAUAACAUGGAGAGGAUCAUCUUCCCUUCGUAACUUUGCUUAUGGCCAGCGACAUGACCUCAAUGCAUCAAGACCUCAAUGCAUCAAGACCAUUGAAUUUGUUUUUUUCUUUUUUUCUCAUAGACAGACACAUUCCUUCCUACAAUGGACACAGUGCAUUUUAAAGCACUUGGGUUAAAAAAGGGGGGGUUUUGUGGACUAUGGAUCAAUAAAGUUUUCUACUUCCUCCA